CCCUUAUGGUUAUUAAAAUUAAAGGGGGCACAACAGGAAAUCUGUCAUUUAGUACGAGUGCAUAACUAGGAUUCUGUGAGCUGGCCUUAGCGCACUUUUACGCAAUCUACUCAGACGUCUUACGCGCUGGUUGGACAAAAUAACGAGUAACAUUUCCUUGGAGGAUUCUUCAAACAGAAGGUAAACAUCAAACCACCAAGUAUCUGUUUGAUCAGUUUUUAGUUAUGCGGAGUAUAUCUACUUUUUGACAUAAAAUAUUCCAGAUUUAGCUUUGAGACGCGAAGCUUGUUUACUAAGUAACUCGAACAAGUAUUCGUUUUCGUUCAAGGUGUCUAAAGCACUAAUCCAAUUUUCAGUUGGCUAAAAGCAAGUUUCAAAAGGCAAGAAUUUAAUUCAGACUAACAUCAACCAUGCAAUUUAUGUUCAUAGGGUCGUGAGAUCUCCACUCGGAACAACUGAACAACAGAUAUCGAAAUGGCAAUCGUCUUCAGAUCAUUGAUUUUAUUUCUUACUGUCCUUCAAUCUUUCACCUUCGGAAGAUAUCCUCCUUUGCCUCCAUUUUUAGAAAAAAACAGUAAUGGUAAGUCAGGUAUAAGUUUACCGCUAACAGUUUGCAUUGUGCAUGUACAGAAUAUAUAUGUCAGGCUUUAAGCAAACACGACAGGACCACCUACGACAUGGCGUCUUAUCAGCAUACUUAAGUCACAAUUACGCGAAGGGAAAUUUCAAAAACUCAUAUACGAAGACAAGCGGUAUUUCAUGUAACAAACUACAUGGGCCAGACACUUUGAAAAGAAACAUUUUCCAGCGCCAAUCUUCCCAACUUUCAGCAGAUCUCAAAGCUCUGGUGCCUAAUCCCUUCCUCAUCAACCAUUCAAUUUUUCCCUUCCAAAUCUUCAUUAGUCUUUAGGCACGCAGGAGUGCUGUUGAGCUAGCCUCGGUAAAACUAACACGUUCCUUCAGCAUGAAUGAUCAAGUCACCCUCUUAAUUUACGUACUCUUUCUACGGCAUGUUUUUCAUCACUUUAUAUACUGAGAAUGACCACCCUAUUCCCUAGGCCUCUCAUUCCUCCUAAGCCCUAGCGGACUGAGGAUACUGAUGAAAGAAAUGUUCCAUUUUAGAAAUAAAUGAAAGCGGAAAUGAUCUUCGCAGUUGAAUAAACAACUUAAGCGGUUGAAUAAGAACCUGAAGAAAUUCAGGCUUGGCCAAAAAAUAUAUUUUAGAAAUAAAGUUACUUCUAAAGGCUGCUGAACGGCCCCACUACAGAAGUUAGGGCUAGAACUCGAUCCUUCAUUUCUCCAAUUGAAACUAGGAAUUUAAGGGUUGAGAGAUAUUAACAAACUUAUUGAUUUUUAAGAAAAUAGGCUAAAAUAUGUCCAACCGAACAGCUUACAUCUUUCUGUAGUAAUGUUUUCUUUCCUUCUUUCCUUAUGUGGUCUUCUAAUUUUCUGUUGUAGUGGUAUUUUUUUUAUCUUAGAUAAAGUAUUAUGACAGACUAGAACUCACUCUAUCUUUAUGACUCUCCCAUGUUUUUGUUCUGGCUGAUAGGGAAAGUAUGCUUUCACGAUGACCAGAUGUAUAUGCCCUGGGAAAAGUUUGCUGAUAAAGCUUGUACCGGGUGGUGCACAUGCAAUGGACUUACCGGCAGUGUGGGAUGUGUUUCCUUGUGCCCUCUCGCCCCUCCCAGAAAUUGUCCCCCAGGAACUGAAGCACGGAUUAAAAAUGUUCCUUCUGGUGACAAGACUGGGAGAUGCACAUGCAAGCGACAAGUCUGUGGCAAGUAUUGUAAAUAAACAUAACAUGUAGCAGGCCGACUCUUUUGACAGCAAAAAGUUGACAAUAGAUCCAAUCUAUUUAUUUACGUUCAAAGUAACUGUAAUCUAUCUAUUUGCUUUCAUAAUAAUUGCUAACCUUGGUGUCCUUAGCCCAUUACUAGCAAGGUCCUGGCAGCUGUAGUUAAACGAUGCCAUUUCGUAAAGGGAUUGAUCCUGUUUACGGCUGUGUAAGGAAGAACAAAAUUAGCGCAAUAUUUGAAACAUAGGUAGUUAGCCAUUCAAGGUCAAAAAACAGUAUUAUUUCUUAGACCCAUAACGUGGAUAACGAGAAGUCUUGCAUUACAUAUAUCAGAUGACUAAUUUUACACUCCUCCCUCUUUUGAACGGGAAGCGUUUGAGAUAGGUCUUGCACUAAAAGAAUUGCCAGCCGUUACAUUGCAGGGAUGUCUAGACACCCACAUUGCAGUGGGUGUGUGUGAGUUUCCAGGGAUCUCGUAAACGUGAACAAAGAAUUUUAUUCUAGGUUUGUUUGUGGCUGGAGGUUUCCAUCAAUUAUUGAAAUUCUGGAAGUAUUCAAUCCUUCCAGAGUGUGAGAGUAGUGCCUCGGACGAUUAUUUCAUCGACAGGAAAUGCUCGGGUCGAUGCAGAAGCAUGGGGGGGGGGAGGUAGCGGGAUCGCGUGUGUUUCCCUGUUUCUACCUGGGGCACUUAGGUGCCUCCCCCAACCCGAUAGACCCGGAAAGAAGAUGUUUCUGCAAGCGAGAGAGAGGUGUGGAAAAGAUAGGGCCUUGUAAGCCUUGUAUUUCACCCGCGGAGUGGACGCAUUAGUUAUACUUCACUUCUCCAACUGAAUCUAGGAAUGAAAAGUUUUAGACUACCGUAUUUAUUCGAUUAACCGCCCUGGGCGCUUAUUAAAGUUUUAGACCUUGAUAGUGGGCGCUUAUUCGAGGCUGGGUGCUUAUUAAAUUUUCACCAUUUUCAGCAAGUCAAGUCUAUUUCUUUCGCAACAAACAAUAAAUGGUAAUAACAAAACGCGAAGAUGUAACAAAGCAAGGUUUCUGUAAAAUACUCUGAAGAAACCUCCGUCUUCGGGGAAGUCUCUUAUUAGUACUUAUUCAAUUUCAAUUUUAAUCUCAUUGUCAUUCAAGUCAAUAAGUGAAUUUUCUGGUGCUGCCUCCUCGAUGUCCGACAUCGGGGGAGUGGGGUGGGGGUGGGCGCUUAUUCGAGCUGGGUGCCAACUCCAGGUUGGUCGCUUAUUCGAAUAAAUACGGUAUGUGAACAACCUUACUCCCUUUUAAGAAGGUAGACUAAAUAAAUCCAAACAAAGAGCUCGCAUGUCAGCCCCUUUUCCCUUUCUGUUUGUUCUUUUGCUCUUUUUCUCUGUUGCUGCUUCUGUUGUUGUUAUUUUUUUAAACGUCGAUAAAAUGUCAUGACAGUCAGCAACUGAUCAUUGUAUCCUUAUACCUUUGGCAUGUUUAUUCUGGCUGAUAGAGAAAGUAUCAGUAUGCUUUCACGAUGACGAGAUGCAUAUGCCCUGGGAAAAGUUUGCUGAUAAAGCUUGUACCGGGUGGUGCACGUGCAAUGGACUUACCGGCAGUGUGGGAUGUGUUUCUUUGUGCCCUCUCGCCCCUCCCAGAAAGUGUCCCCCAGGAACUGAAGCACGGAUUAAAAAUGUUCCUUCUGGUGACAAGACUGGGAGAUGCACAUGCAAGCGACAAGUGUGCGCUCCUUCUACAGUUAAAGGUUGACUAUAAAUCCAAUCUAUCCAUUCAUUUUUAUAGUAAUUGUGAGAUCUAUGUAUCAUUGCUUGUCUGCAAAUACUAGUACUAGCAAGGUUCUGUAAGCCGUAGUUUUACUUGACGCCAUUGCGAAAAUAUGGUUGUUUCUCUUUCGGCCUCUGCGCAAGGAGGAAGAAAGGUAACAAUGUCUGAAACAAGGUAGUUAGCCUUUCAGAGUCAUAAAGCAUAUAUCUUUACCUAUAUCGUAUUUAACCAGACGUCUUGCGUUAUAUAUCAGCAGAUGAAUAAUUUUACACGCCAUUCAAUAUCUCCUUCCCGUCGUUUGACUCACGACCGUUGCACUAAAAAAUUGUAGUGAGUGGUGGUGUGUGCAUUGUGGAAUCUCGUUAAUUGAACCAAGAAUUUUAUCCUAGCUUUGCUUUUGGCUGGGGGGGGGUCCCUCAGUUUAUUAAAAUUCUGGUAACUUUCAGUCCUUCCAGAGUGCGUGGGUCGUGCUUCGGGAGAAUAUUUCAUCGACAGCAAAUGCUCAGGUCGAUGCAGAUGUAUGGAGGGAGGUACCGGGAUCGCGUGUUCUUCCCUUUGUCCACCUGUGUUCGUGCGGUGCUCCCCAGGCGAAGAGAAAGAGUACUAUGAUCAGCCGAUAGACCUUGAUCAAAGAUGUUACUGCAAGAGGGAGAGAUGCGUAGCAAAGAUAGGGGCUUGGUAA